UGACCGCCUGCCCCCUAACUCCUCCCUGCUUACCCUGACUUUCUGUCUUUGGGUUUUUUCAUUGGGGGUCUGCUCAAUCUACCGAUCUCGGUUACGUUCAGUUUCCGGUGAGCCUUCUCAAAACUCUACGGUUACAUUUUGUUCAAAGAAAGAACUCAUGGGUUUAACUCCAUCUGUGCUUGUUUGCUCUAUUUUCCUCUUUUCUUCUUUUUUGUUUUUUGUUCACGACUAAAUUAAUUAAGCUCGUUCUAAAGCUUGCAGAGAUAGAAAAAAACGUACAGAGAGAGGCAGAUAAUCGGGAGAAAUGUUGAGAGAGUUGGAGAUCCAACAUUUUAGCCACGAAGAGCAUCCCUUGAUGUUGGUGGAAGAGUUAGAAAAUGAAGAUGUUUGCACCGGGUGCGAUAAAUCAGUAUCAUGUGGUCCUGCCUACAAAUGCACUCACUGCGACUUCCUCCUUCAUCAGUCAUGCGCCGACUUACCCCUUGAGAUACAACAUCCUGUGCAUCCAAACCACACCCUUGUCCUCAAAUUGAUGCGAAAAUGGCUUAGAAUAUGUGAUGUAUGCGGUAAGAAUUGCGUCAAUGGCUUCUUCUACCAUUGCAAUAGUUGCAAUUUCGGCCUUGACAUCGAAUGUGCCUCAGCCAGUUGGCCGACUAAACGUGACGACUGUUACCAACAUGAAUUCGUUCCCAUCUUUCAAGAGAUCCAGUUCACAUGUAAACUCUGUGGUGAGGAUUGGAGCGGCGACGCCCAGGUAUGUCUCGUUUGUCGACACUUGGCUCACACUCUAUGUGCUUUGAAGCGACGUAGCAUUAACAUUAUGGAAGAUCGUCACGUGGUCACUCUCAUCUAUUCCCUUGGUAAAGUGUUCAAAGAGCACGACCAUGCAUUCUGUUACUUCUGCGGUAGAAAGGUCAACCUCAAGUAUGCGGGUUAUUAUUGUCAAAAAUGUGAUUUCGUAGCCCAUUUGGAAUGCGCAGUCAAAAAUCCAUUCGACCCAAUAGUAAUCGGUAUCACAUACUCAAGUGACUCAAGCAUAGAAUCUGAUGUCAACGAGGAUAUCUACUUAGAAGAGGAUGAAGAUCGUGAGGAGGUCAAACGUUUCUAUCACGAACAUAAGUUAGUCCUCAGCCGCAACGAAGUCGAGGUUGAUCAUCAUAAGCUCAUCUGUGAAGGUUGUAUGCAAUCAAUUUCCGCCCCAUUUUAUAGUUGUGAGCAAUGCCACUACUUUCUCCAUAGUACCUGCGCUAGACUACCCUUAAAGAAGCGACACCCAAUUCACCCGCAUAAGCUGACCCUCUCUGCAAUCGGAAAGUUUACUGGUGGCCUCACAUUUUGUUAUGCUUGUCGUCGUUUAAGCCAUGGCUUCGCUUAUGUAUGCCACCGCCUCGACUGUGGCUACAGCUAG